AUGCCCCGGGCCUAUAAAACGAUAGGAUCGGGCCUGGGUGCCUCGUGUCUUAUCAGUGAUAAGGGAACUCAUUUUAGGAAUGCACCAUUGGAAAAAGUGUUGGCAAAAUAUGGGGUGCAACAUAGAGGGGGAGUUCCUUACCAUCCUCAGACUAGUGGCCAGGUUGAAAAUGCAAACCGGGAUAUUAAGGCCAUAUUGGAAAAGACUGUUGCUAGGCACCGUAGGGAUUGGCCUGAGAAACUUGAUGAUGCCUUGUGGGCAUUCAGAAGAUCUUAUAAAACCCCCAUUGGAACCACUCCAUUCCGGUUGGUUUAUGGCAAGGCAUGCCACUUGCCGGUGGAAGUUGAACACAAGGCCUAUUGGGCCAUUAAAAAGCUUAACAGUGAUAUUGAUUUUGCAGGACGUGAAAGGCUUUGGCAAUUAGAUGAGUUGGAAGAAUGGAGAACUCUAGCCUAUGAGAAUUCUAAAGCUUAUAAGGAGAGAACUAAGGUGUAUCAUGAUAGACAUAAAAAAAGGGCAAAGAGUUCAAAGAGGGUGAUCAAGUCUUACUUUUCAAUGCUAGACUCAAGUUAUUCUCUGGAAAGCUUAAGUCUAGGUGGUCGGGUCCAUUCACCAUCACCAAGGUGUUUCCAUAUAGCACCAUUGAGGUUGCACACUCGGAAAAAGGAAAUUUUAAAGUCAAUGGGCACCAACUCAAAAGGUAUCAUGGAGGGUGUGUGGACCGUCAGGUUGAAAAUGUGCAAUUGA